UUGAUUAUAUUUCCAAAACUUUAGUUUACAUGAAUAGUGCUUGUUUUCCUAGACUCAAGGCUUAGUUUCUCCGCUUCACUAUUCGCCUAUGAAAUGCAACAAGCUGGUAGCCAACCCUGGCAAAUCAUUCUAUAUUUCAAGUAUAUUUAAGGUCGAAUGCUCUGAAAAUAAGUUAGUUACUGUUGUGCAACUGCAUUGUGAGUUUCAAUUUAAAAUUGACUCGAAAUGGACCCAAAACUGUUACUGCUGGCUGUUUAUUGGUAUUUCUGGCCAGACAGCACUCGGGCAUCCUCGCUCUCUCAUAGAAUAGGAAAUCUUACCAAUAUAAGCCAGGUGCAUGAGAUCUCAAAUGGCUUUUAUGCAGACACGGGACCUUUUAAAAGGAUACUUUCCAAAUAUUAUUAUAUUGAGGCAAAGAGAAAAGUCAACUGGUUUAUGGCUGUGCACAAGUGUCGUGAACUGGGUGCCCAUUUGAUAAGUUUACGAAAUGCGCAAGAGUUUGAUGAAUUGAUACGAGCAUUAAAUAUUAGGAACUGCUAUUGGACAGAUCUAACUGAUCUCGCGGAGCAGUCCAAGUACAGGUCAAUGACCACAGGUCUAGCUGCGAGCUACCUAAGAUGGGGCAGUCUUGAACCAAAUAAUUUGGGUAAAAAUGAACACUGUGUCCAGCUGAUCGCAUACGAUAAAAGAAGGUUUAUCAUGAAUGACAAUCAGUGCACUCGGCGAUGCUACUUUAUUUGCGAAACAAAGUUGCCCAGCCAAACAAAUAUUGUGAUUCAACAACCCAAUUUAUAGAUUCGCACAACUUUAAAAGCAUUUGUAUACAAAACACAGAUGCAAUUUACACUAUUUAAAACCAUCAAACGCAAUAACCACUUCUGACUCAAACACUUAGCACGUGAUUUUGGCCCUUAUUAUUUGUUAUUU